GGGAGUCGAAAUACGGCGCUGCUGACGUCACUGCUCCAUGGGAUCAGCAGCAGCGGCGGCGGCGGCGGCAGAUCAACGGCUGGAGAGAAAAAAAAACUUACGGCGGCGGGAUUAACCGAGAAAACAAGGACUGAUGGGAAAAACAAAACGUCAUGAAAGAUUGUGACACUGAGGGGGAUGAAAAGGAAGAAAUCUGUAAUGAAAACGAGGAGGAGGUUCCAAUGAGGCGAAGUUUCUCGGUUGAAGACCUGCUCGAUGAGGUGGAGAAGAUCUGUUACGAUGCCUCAGGGUCGUCUAAGGUGGAGAUGGUGGUACGACUGUGGAAAGACGGCUUCACUGUAAACGAUGGAGAGUUUCGCAGCUACACGGUGCCAGAAAACCAGGACUUUUUGGAUGCCAUUAAAAGGGGGGAGCUUCCAUCCGAGUGGGAGAGCAGAGCGGAGGAAGAGGAGCUAGAAAUCAGCGUGGAAGAUUUAACUGAAGAACCAUAUGUCCCCAAAAAGAAAACAUUUCACCCAUUCAGCGGACGUGGAUACCGUCUGGGCAGCGUUGCGCCCAGAGUAGUGGCCAGGUCACCAUCUGUGCACGAGGAUGGGGAAUCUGCUCCUAUUCCCAUGGUAACACUAGACCACGCCCUGCCCGUUACCUCGCUGCAGAUUUGGUUGGCUGAUGGCAGAAGACUGAUACAAAGGUUUAACUUAUCGCAUCGUAUCACUGAUGUCCAAGAUUUCGUCACGCGCUGCCAGAGGAGCUGCCCCCCUUUCGUCCUCACCACGUCGAUACCGUUCAGAGAGCUGAGUGACCUGGACUCGAGCCUGGAGGAAGCGGAUUUAGCCAACGCCGUGAUAGUGCAGAGACCUCUCAACACACAGGCAGCCUUCGGACACUCCUCCUGACCCGCCCCCUGACCCAGUCUAGCUCCAUAACUCACACAAACAUACAUUUUACUGUCCUUCGAUAUUUACACUGAUUGGAAGCUCAAGGCUGCGUGUAAAUCACCCCCAUUGACUCAGCAGUGUCUCCUCCGACCUCACACUAAACAGAUAUGCAUUGUGUUAGCCUGUUAUGCUAGGGAUGUUCAAUUUUAGUCAUUUUUAAAGCCACAGUAUGCAACUUUUUUAGCUUUUUGUUAAUAAUACUUUGAGCGUGCUUGCAUUUGCACAAACCUGACUCUUAUUUAACCUGGAGGAGCGCCUUUUCCUGCUUGUUUCCAUGGAAAUGUAGUUCUUUUGGCUGUAAUAUUCCACUGUAUAGCACAAAACUCAUUUAUCUAUAUGGAGAAUGCAAUCAUGUAAUCAAGCAGGUGACAUGCCACCUCUAGAAAGUUACAUACUGUACCUUUAAAAUCAAUUUUUAUUUUUAAUUAAUUCAUUUUUGUGGAAAUUAUUUUACAACUUUCAGUAUUUUUGAGGCCAUAAAUGACAUUUUUUUCAGUGUUAUAGCUACUUUAUUUUACACUUAUCAUGGUUUUGUUUCUCCUCUUUCAUUUUUUAAUUUAUUUUUUUAUUAAUAGAACAAUUACAGAAAAAGUUAAACACCACCACCAACAACAACAACAACAACAACAACAGGAGGUAAUGACAUUUUCAACCUAAAAAAAACUUUAUUGACACGAUGAAAAGUCAAACAGACAAAAAAACUGGAGACUAUUCAUUCACAUCGCCAUAUUUAGUAUAUUUUUUAUCAGUUUUAUUCAAACUUUAAUUAAAUUUUAGGAUGUAUUUUAUUAUUUUUUUACAUAACAAGUAAUUUACCACAUCCACAAGUUCAUAUUUUUUGUAUUAUAGAUUACGGUACAUAUUCUAAUGAUCUUUCUGCGAUGGCGUCCCUACACAGUACCACGUUUAUCACAACACUCGCACAUGCAUCGCUUUGGUUCUUUUUGAGGUCAGUAUUCACCUGCCGCUAUAGAAUGAUUAAUAUAACUGGCAUUAAAAUAACAGCAAUUUUUAUUUAAUGUAUAACUACCACAGAUGCAAAAUGCAACAUAAUUUUACAUAGAAAUACACCAGCACUUCUGAAGUCUUCCCAAACUGCUUUCAACCAGAUCUGUGCACUAAAAUGAACGGGGCUAGUACGACACUGCAUCUUGUGAUCCUGUAUUAAGGAUAAGCUAUAUUUAUUACGCAUGCUGUUUUGUUUACAUACUCUGAGGAGGAACAUGUGAUGGCUUAUUUCAAAUGGCCGUUGACUGUUUGAGUAUCAUGUCAUGCUAGUAUUCUCUUGGAUUGCCUUUAUUUGGAGUUGAAUGUACCUCAAUAUAAUGUUAAGUAAGCUAGAAUAAAAAUCCUUACUUUAUGCACUAUAUGUUGUGGGAUG